UUUUGUGGACAUUGUCACUGAGAUCAAGUCAGUGGGUGGGAGCCAUCGUCCCUAGAAUAAUAUCGCUGGAAAAUUCACAGUGAAAUGUCUUCCAUAGCAGACUUGACGCGAGUAAAGCAGAGACGGAUUUAGUGGGGGUGUAGGGGUGCGAUACCCCCCCCCCAAUAUUUCUGUGUUCAGUAAAUUUUGCUUCCAUUCGGUAACAAUCAUUUUUGGUAGUCAGUAGUAACAAAACAAUGCAAAUAUUUUACUUGUAUUAAGUAACAGAACCAUUUUUCUUCUUUACCUUGAAACUAAAAUCUGAAUUUUGAAAAUAGGCGUUUCUAUCAUUUUCCAGUGGCUUGAAGCUUGUGGUACCAAGAUCAAAUUUGUGUUUAACACCCAACACUCUUUCUUUUCUAGAAAGCAUAAGGAUCGUGUGCAUUUACUGGCGGUAUGGCUGAAGUGGUAUUUUAAGCUUUUGACAGUUCACUCCCAACUAUCAAAUGAAAAUUCGUGUUUGUUUCUUGUUCAAAUGAUAAUUUGACAUUACUAUGAACGAAAUUCUACUUGAAAUUCUCUCCCUAUUGCGUUAGCUUUUAAGGUCAUUUUGAAAGUACAUCAAAUCUAUGUCAGAAGCAAUUGCUAGGUAAACUAUUGUGUCAUUAGAUAGGACUCGCUAUAAGAUUAAUUAUUUCAGGAAGGUCAUUGAUGUAAAAGAGGAAAUAGAUAAGGAGCAAGCUUUAAAACUUUAGGGAUCCCAACAAAUCGCUUUAUCUGGAUCCAUUGUAAUUCCGCUUCUCUACCAACUUUUAGUACAUCUCCUCAAAACUCUAAGGCCUGGUUCAAACGUCGCACUUCUCAUGUGCCGAACCUAACUCUGUUUGGAGCGACACUUGGGCAUGUCGCGCCAAAUGGGUUUUAGGAUUGUUACAUGAAGUAUCUUGGACAAUCUCAAAUAUUUGUUUGAAACGCAUGCGCCCUCCAAGUAAGAAAUUAAUUCUGUGAAGGAAAAUAAACUGAAUAUAAUUAUGCAUUGAGUUCGGUACAUGACAAGUUCGACGCUUGAAACCGUGCCGUGCUGGAGCCGUGCAGCUCGGCAAGCUCUGCUGAUCCAAACUAGUCUGCCGCUCCUAACUAAAUCUGCCGUACCAAAUUGAUUUAAACGUCGCGCCCCUCAUGUACUUAAUUCUCGAGUCGGCACAUGAGAAGCGCGACGUUUGAACCAGGCCUAAGAGUUGUGGUUUCUCCCAAACACAGAUCCCUGAAACCGUGGAGGCAACGCAAGGCAUGAUGUUUCUGAUGAUGUAUCAUCUCUAUAGAGAUGUGUAUACUUCACUGUGAAGGAGCCAAAUUGUAUAACAGGCACAGGGAAUCGAGCUGUUGUUGUGACAACACCUAUCAAAAUGGCGGAAGAAAAAUCUUGCAUCCCAUGCAAGAUUGAGAAGCCUUUUCUUUUGAAAAUAGGAGCACCUGAUAUAGAAUUUCAUAGUGGAUGCUCCAUUAUUGAUGUAAUCUUACCAAUGAAUGAGGGAUGCAAGAUUGAUUGCAUCAAGUUCAGAAAUAACUAUGUGGCUUCACUUUCUAUCAGACUAAAGCUUAAAAAUGAAAAUGGUGAUAUUAGUUGGAUAACAGUAUUAAGAGAUUUUAUCUUGAUGAAAAAUCCUUAUCACGAGGAAGGAAGCCAAGAUCGAUUUACCAUCAAUGAGUUUACUGCUCAGCCAGAGAAUGUUGUGGGAGCUAGACUUAUUUUGCGGCAACCGUCACCACAUUGGUCAUAUUUCAGCUUAGAAGAUAUUCAAUUCUAUUUACCACCACAAGACAUCUUAUUAGAUAAAAAUUCUACUCGGUCUCUAAAUGAAACAGAAAUUGAAAGAGAGGUUGUCCCUAAUGACGAGCUUCCGCAUGCUGAUAUCGACGUGGACGUUAAUGAGCUAUCCACUAAAUUCAAUGGCCUGGUAUCGAUUGCCAGUGACAGUAGAGUGGUGAAUUCAUUGAAGAAAACGGCAGCCUUGAGAUUUGAUGUUGAUGGAAGUUAUGAUUUGAACCUCUUAUCGUACACAUAACGCCCUGGGCGUGAACGAAGAGUUCCUGAAACUAAAAGUAGGCUGUUUGUGAUGAUACUUGUUUUAGCUUCCGUUCGAUUGAUUUCAACUUGGUGCACCCUGAUUUAUCAGAACUUUUAGAAGAAGCUACUCCACACUGUCACCACCCAGAGGUUGGGUCAAAACAACUUUUUAAUGUUUCGGAAAGCAAUGCUGGUGCUUUAUCUAGAGCAAACUUCAACAUCAAGAAUGCUGUGGGGGCUAUCUGGUUUGUUACAGCUACGCCAAAUUCUUGACAACGUCGCAAAACGUUUCUCCAAAUAACUUUAUUUAGAUCUGGUAUGUGAAAUGGUGAAAGUAUAUAUGGUGUGCGCAAUGAUAAACAAUAGAAACUUGGAAAACCUUGAUGCAAUGAUGUGAUUACAGUACAGAAAUGGGUCUGUGACGACCUGGAAGUCAGUGAGAACAAAAAUUAGGUUUUAUUCUCUACCCUAUCUUUCAGAUAAUUGUGUACAGAUCCUGAUAGUUCACUUGCUGCACGGGUUUUGUCAGUGCUCAUUUAACCUGCUUUAAUUUAAGAGAGCUGAGGGAUUGCUACAUGCUGCCUUCAUGGGUGGCAGGUUUAUGAUUUCAAGAAAAUUAGACGAGAAAAGCUCCUGGGGCAUAAAUCAUAUUAUAAGAAUUAAGUUUAAUGUAAUUUUAAUGUUUAAAGUUUAAUGUAAGAAUACAAAACACUAUCCACAUCGGUGGGUGUCUUAAAAUUCAAAUGUUGAAAUUUGAUUUUCAUUGGCGUCCCCUGAAAUUGUUUGAAGAACUGGCUAUAAGAUAGGGUCGCAAAGUGCUAGAAAAGAUAAGAUCGCAAAGGGCAAGAAAAUUGGAACUGGGUUAUGGGAGCACCAUAAUUUCUUUACUGAGGCCUAGGGCACAUGCCUGAAACAUCUAUUAAUGGUAUUUGAAAACUGCCCCAUUUUCAAGAGGCCAUCCGCUCUUGAAAUGUUACUGCUUUCUAUAAUCAAUAUUUGAAAUCAGUUUUCUUUUGUUAUUAACUAUUUAUUAUUAACUAAAUAUAUUUAAUUAAUUGCUCAAAAAUUAUACUUUAUCUUAAAAAUGGGCACUGGCCUAGUUUUCAAACAAUGCAAUCUUUUGUUUCCUUUAAGCCGGUCAGUCUCGUGUCAUUUCUCUGUGUUCAGCAAGCAUGAAAUUCUUACUUAGGCAAAUGUUAUUUCGUGUGUUCCAAAGUUGAAUAUUAAAAUGGCUUGAAGAAGCAAACAUUUGAGUAAACUGAAGCUUUACGUCUGACAAUCUUCUGACACUCUUCAGAGUUAAAUCGUCAGAAUAAGAUAACUCUGAAGAGUGUCAGACGAAAAGCUUUAGUUUUUUCAAAUGUUUGCUUUUUUCAAAGCAAUUUUCAAGUUUUGCACCACCAAAAGAUUGUUAGUAGAAAAUUAUGUUUAUAUUUCUUUGUGUGUAUAUGUAUGCUUAUAAAGUAUAUUUCUGCUUUCCAUUUCAAGGAAAAACCUACAGUAUCUUGCUUUGUCUUAAUAAAAUUAAUCUUUGAAGGCAUAAGUAUUAAACACAAACAAUUUUUUCAAUCCAUUGUGUUUUCAAUCAUGAAAAAUUUCCCCUGUUUAGAGUUCAGUUACUUCAAGCAGUUUUCAAUAUGAUAUAUAACUGUUUUACCAUUUAACUGAAUCUUUAAGAAACUCUUUGCGUAAUAUAGAACGCACAAAACAUGAUCUAAAAUGAAGAAUAUAAUUUUAUUACAAAUAAACAACCACACAAAAGCAUAGUAUUACUAAAAAAUAAGUAUCAUAUGUUAAAGCCAGAAAAUUUUUAUUCCUAAGAUUGUAGCUUUAAAAUUUUAGCAAAUUUUAUUCAUAAUCACAAUUAUAGCUUUUCCGGCCAACCAUUUAUCUAGAUGAAACACAUGUUUUAACAUAGUUUUCGCCAUACAAGCAUGCUUUGAAAAUUGUCAACAUUGAGUGAAACUAAUACAUUGUAAUAUGAACUCAAUUGUAAUAUGACUAGAAAAAAAGGGUUGGCAUUUUUAGGACCGGAAAAUAGAGCAAAAAGGUUGAGCAAAGUUUACAACAAAACAUUUUAAGAUGAAACUUUCAGGAAAGCGUGCACUUUGCAAGACCUUUUUAUUGUGAUUUUUUAUAAAAGAAGCACGCAAUGUUUAGAAAAACGACGAGCAAUAGGAAUUCUGUUUUUGUUCAUUAGGAACAAGGAACAUCUUAAAAAUCUUAGGGCAUGUUCUAAUUUUUGUUUUGAUUUAUCAAUUUUCAAAGCUCUAGGUUUUCAAUAGACACACCGAUUUAGUAAUUUCUCGAUUUUGCCAUAGUCACCUGCUUUCAUCUGAAGUCUUCUGGUCUUUCUUGCAAACGGAGGUGCUUUAAGUGUAGCUAAGGUUGUUUACGAAAAGAAUUUUUUUCUGGCUAUAAAACUUCAGGAAUUGCAGUAACUGGCGUUUGCUGCUCCUGAAAAGUGUUGGAUCCGGGGAUGUAGCCCCGAGGAAAGCUGUAUGGAGCCACGCCUGACGUUUCAUGGAAAAGGGGGCAAUAUCCUUUAGAAAUUAUUGCAAUCGAUCUUUCCUAUUAUUGUUUCAAUAGCAAGUAAACAUCUUUCAAUGACAUCAAAACAUGAAAUAUCUUUACCCCCGAUGGCUACUUUUAGCAAUCAUUAAGACUAAGAGAGUUUACGUUGGUGGAUGUCAUGGCACCCAUUUGUUUCGAAAUCGCGAUCUCUGUCUCUAAUGAUGCAGUUAGUCAUGCAAAUCAACAGCAACACAUCUGCAUUUCAAUCAGGAUUCCUGACAAGAGUUCAAAAUCUAGACUUAAGUACUUGAGCUUUUGAUUGCUGGGAUUUCAAUUUAUUUUUCCGAUUCUCAAAUCUCAAAUCUCAGAAAUUAUUCUCAGAUUCAUCCUAUUACGCGUUACGUGCACAGCUAAUUCAAUCAGUCGAAUACAUAUACCGUAUCGCUGCACCAGAGAUAAGCGAUUGUGCGAUUGUACUCCCAAUUCAAAAAGAAAUUAUCUAACACAGAGAGGCAAUAUAAUGGUGUUUUUAAGGAAAAACCUGCGAAGCUACAACCUCGAUAAUUUGAGAGCAAGAAAGCACAAUGGCUAGGAUAACGAAGAAAUCAGAACCUUGGAAAGAAAUAGAUUGGAAUUUUAAAAUGAAAGGUAGACGCGUUUGUCGAUCGUUCGACAAUCUGGAUCGUAUUGAAGAUGAGGAAAAUGCGAACGGGGAAGUUAAUGGCGCUGAUGAUGGCACGGCAGUUAAGAAGCCGGGAUUUAUGCGUCGUAUUUUCUUGAAAAGAUACAAGAAAUUACAGCGAUCAAAAAGCGAUGAAAAUAUACCAACGGAAGCAGUGAAUAUAUCGAUGAAGGACACGACAGAUCAACGGUUAAGAGACAGAAGCAGAACGGUGCCGUCGGAACUUUGGGAUGAAAGUUCAGAAAAGGGGAAACGUCGGGGGGCGGUGAGUGAAGAUGAUGAUGAAAAGAAGGAGCAAUUCACGAAAAUUCUACAGACGUUCAUGGUUAGGAAGCAUAUGGACGAUUAUGGAUUUUGAUCUAUUUGGCUGUCAAAGAAAGAAAGGUUUUUCAAGAUUCUUUGGUGAUUAGAAUUUAUCGUAGGAAGUUCGCUAGCAGCCUUGAAGAAGUAGGUGAUAAUCGACUGUGCGACGUGAAAUUCGAGAAAAUUCAUACAACCUAUAUGUUAAUAAUAGAAGUUAGUUAUUUCAAUUUUGAGUUGAUCGCAAGUUGCUGUUGCCCAUCAGCCUAAAUCAUUGUAAACAGGAUAUCAUCACGAGAGUCGUUGGCAUUGAAAAUUGAAAGCAAUAACAAUAGAUCGGUUUGGGUUUUUAUCUUAAAAACAUUGGGGUCAUUUGUUCUGAAUAGUUAUAGGUGGGUGGAUUGUUCCAGGGAGAAUCAAUUUGUCUACGUCAUUCAAUCGUGACGUUUGGAGUAAGUGUUAGCAACCAGUUAGAUCAAUUUUGGAUUGAAAAAUUUCCAAUUUCAAUGUUAUUUUGACGUUGAUGCCAGUAAUACUGGAAGCAAUUUUUACUGAGAACAAACACUUAAGACAGAUACUAAUUCUAUACCCCUGUUAAGAAGACUUUACAUUCAAGCAACAUGACUUACAUGUGUUCUGAUAAAAACUUUUGCUUUUUUCAUACAAAUCUUGAGCUACUUCUAAUCUAUUCAGACCUUUUUUGGAGGAAUCCAUGGGUAUGAUCGGUCUAGGUGCAGCAAGUUAGAUCGUAGAUGGGCACUCGUGUUUGUUGUCCUUGCCUCUUCUUGGCGAAGUUUUUCUCGAAUUGUAAUGUAUUAUAUGCUUCAUCAAUUCGUCCAGAGUUGAUGGUUUCUUGGCUUAAUUGUACUUUGCGCUGUACAUGCCUGCUUAGAGAGGGGACAUGAAGCAGGGGGCUGAGGGGAGCCCCAAGAAGUUAUAACACAGUUCAUAACAAUAACAAUCUCAGUUUUAAUGACGUCAUCAAUGGCCCGAUGUAUCUUUUUUCUUAGACCCAAGAAAAGCUCUCGGCUGUAGCAGACGUAGGAGAUUAAUUACUCUUAAACGCGUCGUAAUUUAUUAUUAUUUCAUAUACGCUGUGAUUCUUAAUGAUAAAAAUAUGACGAUGUUAAUCUACAA